AUGAAUCCAUCACAACAAAACGUACCAAAGCCCUGUCCUAAGCAUCUAAUCUUCUUCUUCACUCCAGUCUUAUUCUUCUCAAUCUAUUACAUCCUCACUACUAUCAAAACCAUCACCAUCUCCUCUUCCCAAUAUCCUCACCAUCCUCCACAGCUUCAAGAACCUUCCAUGUCCCAUUACUCCUCUCUUCCAGAAUCUUCAGAAAACCAAUCAUCAACAUACUUUCCACUCUGUCCCAAGAACUUCACCAAUUACUUGCCCUGCCACGAUCCUUCAACGGCAAGGAAGUACAGCAUUGAGAGACACUAUCGGAGAGAGAGGCACUGUCCUGACUCAGCCCACGAGAAGCUCAGGUGUUUGGUCCCAAAGCCCUCUGGCUACAAAACGCCUUUUCCUUGGCCUAUUAGUAGAAGCUAUGCUUGGUUCAAGAACGUUCCGUUCAAGAAGCUGGCUGAGUUUAAAAAGACUCAGAACUGGAUUAGGCUUGAAGGAGAGCGCUUUGCUUUCCCGGGAGGCGGAACUUCUUUUCCCAGUGGCGUGAAGGACUACGUUGAUGUGAUUCUUGAUGUUUUGCCAUUGACUUCUGGGAGUAUCAGGACUGUUCUUGAUGUUGGAUGUGGAGUAGCGAGCUUUGGAGCCUUUCUGUUGAACUAUAACAUCUUAACAAUGUCCGUUGCACCGAGAGAUAUACACGAGGCUCAAGUUCAGUUUGCCUUAGAACGUGGACUCCCUGCUAUGCUCGGUGUCCUGAGCACUUAUAAGCUGCCUUACCCAUCGAGAUCUUUCGACAUGGUCCACUGUUCUAGAUGCCUUGUCAAUUGGACUGCCUAUGAUGGGCUUUACUUAAUGGAGGUGGAUCGUGUUCUACGUCCUGAUGGAUACUGGGUGUUUUCUGGACCACCUGUAACAUCAAUGGUUAAAUCCAAGAACCAGAAGAGCGUCAUCAAGGAUUUGCAGAAGCAGAUGGAGAAACUAAAUGAUGUUUUCAUAAGACUUUGUUGGGAAAAGAUUGCUGAAAGAUACCCAGUUGUCAUAUGGAGAAAACCUUCUAAUCAUUUGCAGUGUAGACAAAGACUAAAAGAAGCUCUUACUUUUCCUGGAUUCUGCUCUUCUAGUGAUCCUGACGCUGCGUGGUACAGAGAGAUGGCGCCCUGCAUCACUCCACUUCUAGAUGUCAAUGACACACACAACAAAACCGUUCUCAGAAACUGGCCUGAGAGACUAAAUAACGCGCCUCAGCGAAUCAAAACCGGAUCAAUACACGGAGUGAACGUUUCCAGCUUCAAAGCUGACACUAUCCUGUGGCAGAGAACAGUUGUCUACUAUGACACUAAGUUGAAGUUUCUGAGAAAUGGAAAAUACAGAAACGUUAUGGAUAUGAAUGCUGGUUUAGGUAGUUUCGCUGCAGCAUUGAUCAAAUAUCCAAUGUGGGUUAUGAAUGUGGUUCCGUUUGAUCUCAAACCAAACACACUCGGUGUUGUGUUCGAUCGUGGCCUCAUUGGAACUUACAUGAACUGGUGUGAAGCUUUCUCUACAUAUCCUAGAACCUAUGAUCUGAUUCAUGCCAAUGGUGCAUUUAGCUUGUAUUUGGACAAAUGUGACAUUGUUGAUAUACUCUUGGAGAUGCAGAGGAUUCUUAGACCAGAGGGGGCGGUUAUAAUAAAAGACCGUUUUGAUGUUCUUAUCAAAGUGAAGGCUAUAACCAAUCAAAUGAGAUGGAAUGGGACGAUUUAUGAUCAUGGAACAAUACUAAUUGUAGAUAAUUCAGUUAAAUAA